GCUACUGCCGUUCCUUCUCGCGGGUGUCGUUGCUCAUGGUGUCGAGGUGGCAGCGGUGGCAGCAACGACACCGAGCGCGCGCUUUGGUUAAUGUUCGGCGUGAACAGCAUUUUAACAGGUUUGCAGAUCUUUUUUGGCCUCUUAGCGAAUUCUCUUUCCCUCUUGGGCGACGGUGCGUUGAUGGCUAUGGAUGGUGCAUCUUAUGCCGUCAGUCUCUAUGCAGAGAAGCGCAAGUCUUCUGCGGAGGAUGCAACGCGUUUGGACAAGAGGGCCGCCUUCUUCAGUGCAGCCAUGUUGGCGGCCACCACGGCUUGGGUUCUCUUCGAUGUGAUCGAGCGGCUGUUGGGGGAAGAAAGGGAAGCUGCCAUUGAGGUUUUUGUAUCAAGAUCCUUUUUGCUGGACCUCCAGCAGCAGGUGAAUGGCAUGUCGCAACUCCACGACAUAGAGGUAAACAGUGACAUCAUGAUCAUUUUUACAGCCGUAAACCUGGCAGCAGAUUUGAUGGUUGCAUUUUGUGCCUGGAAUUGUGGAGCCUCUCAGGUGUUGGAGGAGGAGGACACUUCGAAUCUGAACCUGUUUGGAGCGUUAGCGCACUUGGGCGCUGACAUGGUCCGCGGCUUGGCCGUGCUGCUGGCCGGCAUCUUGGCCGAGGCCAACGUGGUGGACGCCGCCAAGGCGGAUGCUUAUUGUUCUCUCUUCGUUUGUAUCUUUGUUCUUAUGGCCACAGCCUCGCUUCUUAAGACUGUUCUUCAGAAGAGCAAUCCACUUGCCUAUGCCCAUGUGGAAAUAGCAGAUGAAGCUCACUCCGUGCAUGGCCAAGCCACUGCCACGUGCUUGGGCAAAUCCAGUGAGGGGUCUCCGGGGUCUCCAGUCUCUCCGGUGCCUCUGAAGGCUGGAGAUUCAGAGCUGCCUGAUGGCAUCUGA